AGUCACCACCAGCUUCGAUAAAUCGACUGUAAAGAAGAAAGAAAGAAUGGAAAAGUAUUUCACUCCUGUGUGCGGAUCAUCAGAAGAUGAGCGUAAACUCCAGAAACAUCAGCGUCUCAUUUCCCAUCACCAGCUACAGCAUCAGCAUCCCAACCAAUACCAUAACCGAGGACCACAAGGACCUAGUCCUUCAGAUGAAUAUAGAAGACACAGUGACACCCGUGACUUCCAUCAUCACCAUUACCAAAAUCACCCUCAUCAUCGUCGUCAAACCCUCACGACCACCAUUUCCCACCAAAGCCAAUACAACACCCUUUCUAGAGCCUCCACAUCCAGCCUCUCUUCUUCUUCCUCCUCUUCUUCCUCUCCUUGGACUUCAGAGCCCAGUCUGGAGAACGAGCGGUAUCUCCUGCAAAACAAACCGCAGCAUUCCCUGUCCUGCUCCAACAUUCCAGAAGCCAGGCGCAAAUUCCAAGAUGAGGAAUCAGAGGAUUUGGACUUUGAUCAGAGUGACUCAGCCAUUUUCCCACAUCGUCAUCACAAGCAGGAGCAUCAGCAGCAUUUUGGCCAUUCUGGACACCUGCAAAGGCCACGGACAUGCCGACUCCGCAGGGGCCAGAGCCGGAGUGAAGAAGGACUGCUUCAGAGCCCUGGGGAAGAUAAAAAACCCCACCCAAUGGAGCCGGGCCCACUGUACAAGACCGCCAGCCUGGGACAAAGCCUUGCCUUCAAUGAAACUGCUGCACAAGCAGCAGCACGGGGAAUGGCAGGACCUAAGAGGGCUGCAUCAUCCAUCCAGCUGCCAAGCAAAGGCAUCCUGAAGAACAAAGAUGAAGGCCAGAUGCAAGGAAAUGUCAGAAAAUCUAAGUCUAUGGAGGUACUGUCCACUAGAGUGCAGGUCACUGGUCCAUGCAAGCAGAGCACAGUGGAGAAUGCGAGAGCAGAAUUGCUGAAAGAGAAGCUUGAAUUCUCAGCCUUUCUGGAUGAAAUCACCAGGCAGGUCAUCAGCCCCUCCAGACUCAGCUCUUUCGGGAUCACCUCCACCACCACACUAGCAUCACUCAAAUCGCCACAUGAGGAGCACAGGAUACCCACUAAAUCAGUCAAGCAGGCACAGGAACACGUUCAGCCACCAGCCAUACAGCAGAGUUCCAAACUCACCAGAUCAGAUGGUGCAAAAAUAGGAAUGGACUCUCACACAUACAGGAGAUCCCAUCCCAGCAAACACAACCAUAACCAUCAUGCCACAAGUCCCUCCGGACCUCCACAGCACCACCAGCAGCAGCACAGCCAUGAGAAGAGGCUCUGCACUGAGAGCCCGUGUGAGAGGCAUGGAAGCACAUCAUCACACAAACAGCAGCAUAGGAAAUACAGCCAGCUCCUCACUGAUGGCACUAGCACCAGCCCCGAGCCCAUCCUGCAGGAGAAGCACCAUCACACCAAGUGCAGAGGGCCUUACCAUGGAGGUCGUGGCACGGCUAAACAGGUCCAAGCUGGCCAUGAGCACAAGGGCUCUCCUCCCCCAACAAGACCCUCUGGCCUGGAGUGUGAGUCACCUUCAAGCAAGUCAUCCACAGCUACCAGCCCCAGCUCAGAGAAAAGCCAAAAGAAAAAACACAUGGGACACAAGAGGAACUCCAAAAACUCCCACAAGGAUCCAGUGAGCACUGAGGACAGAGCUGAAUUGCUGGAGCAGUAUAACAAAGAGCUGCAUGAGAAUCUGUUGCAGACAGUGGCGUGCAUUGAGAACAUGGAGGCAGAACUACAGUGCACCAAAGCAGAAUUAAGCAGCUUUAAAGAGAAAUACAAAAGGCUUCAGGAGAGCUACACCAGCUGCCAACAGGCCAACAGUGUCCUAGAACAAAAGCUUCAGUCUGUGGUGGACAGCACAAACUCAGAGAGGAAGUACCACUUGCACAGGAUUAUGGAACUGACUAAGCAACUGGAUGCAGCUAAAAAUACCAUCAUCUCACUGGAAAACAUCAAUGUUCCCUCCUUGAUCAAGGAGCUUCUGAACAAGCAUUUUGACUCUCAGGAGACUGUGAGGAACUUCUUACUUUCCUCCAACUCACCUGGUCUGUCUGACACUGGCCAAUCAGGCAGAGCUUUAGGACUCAAAGACAGCCAAAUGCCCACUGGGAAAGGGGAGGAGAAAGCAUCUGAUUGGUUAUUCACUGGACAGAAAAGCCUAAGUGACAGACAACAGCAUGUUACAGCAUUUUUGCCAUGGACAGAAAGUCAAGACCCCUGGAUGGCAUCAGAGGAGAUUCUAACUAAGCGGGAGACUGAACCAGGAGAUUCAAAGCUUCCUUUUACUGUUGCUGAUAUUAGCCAGGCCAUCUAUAGAAACAUAGCAGAUGACAAGGCCACAGGGCAUGACCCUAUGGUCACAGUGCAUCACUUAGGCUCAGAGACAGAAAUACAUUCCAUCGGCAUGUGGAGGGCUAGCGAUGUUCCAGCUAAUCCCUACAACCUAGAGGAGAUAGGCUCAAACAGAGCAGCAGGAGUGCAGAAACUAGAAGGGAGUUCAGGUGAUGCACAAAAGAACCUAAACGAUGUCACCUAUAUUUCAGCACAGAAAAUGCUGGAUAAUUUUAUGAGCCAAAUUCCUACUCCCGCACAGGAAGGGCCAUCAGAGAGAGAUCAUGUAGGCCAGGACUGGGUGAAGAGGCCUGCAGAGGGCCUUUAGACUGCUUUAAAGGAUUAGUUCAACCAAACAUGCUAACAAACCUUACAAUCAAUGGAAGCUAAUGACCACCAAUUAGCAUGAUGUAAAUUUCAUCAAGUGAAUUGAUGGCUGUUCGCUUUUGUUCAUCGUCAGCAUUCGAAUUAGCAAGUUUUCCUUUAAUGACCUGAUUCAUGCUGACCUCUACUAUAACACUGAAUGCUACUCUCAGUAUAAAACAGGUUGGAGAAGCAAAGAUGGGGAUUGUCUAUAGGUAGUGUUUGGUUUUUGCUCUAUAUAACACUGUUAGAGAUUAAGAGGGAAACCCGAAGGGAUAAAGAGAGAAUUAUAACUUGCUUGACUGCAAUUUCCUAUUUGUUUUUUGGAUGCAAACUUAGGAUUUUCAGUGGAGAAUCCCAGGUAACAGUGUAAUACACAUUAAAACCAGUUCAAAAGUGACUUAGGGCCAUGUAAAAUAUUUUCAACUCAUUCUUUUUUGUUGAUGGUAAGCCUUAUGGGGGUUAUUUUCUGUCCUCCCCUCCUGCUUUCAUUUCUAUUUAAAUAAAAUGUGUGGUUGUGUUGCCUUUCCUCUUGAUAUUACAUCUAGUUUCCUUUACUCUGCAUAUAACUAAACCAAGAGAGCUAGAAUAUGCUACUUUACCUCCAUUUAGUCAAUUUUGUUUCUCUUCUGUCUGUUUAAUGUUUGCAUAUGUACAGUAAUGUGCAUAGGUCAGAGAUUAGCCUUCAUAGUUUUAAUGUCUAGUGCAACUGACUAACUGGCAAAGUCCUUACUGGAAAAAGAAAAGAAAAAUACAGAAAUAGAUUUUAAAGAUUUUAGAUUUGCAAAUCAAAUGGACUGACCAAUCCAGAGUCCAGAUAUCACUGAAUGUGUUUGGGAUCACCUGCAUCAAAAGAAGCAGAAAAUGCAAACAAACUGCUAAGACCCAACUUGAAGACAUGGAAAAAUAGCAGAAUUUUUGGAAAAACUGAAAGCAAGUCCCUGAAAAGAGUGGAAGAUGCAAUAAAAGCCAGAGUGGACUGUAUUUAGUUGUUGAGGCAUCUGUGUAUUUUCCUGUUAUAUACAUGUUUUCUGCUUUUGUUGCUGAAAAAUUGAUGAAUAGCUGUUAGGACUGGAAUUAAAUACAUUCAAUAAAUGAAGGGUGGUGUCUGACUUUUGCACAGGACUGUAUGUGGUAGAAUGGAAAUGAAAAUGUACGUACUGUAAUUACUGUUAAUUAUGGUUAAUGCAUUUUAAUGUAGUAGAAACUGUGGAUGUUUUGUGUGGAUGGUGUGCUCAUUCAUCUGUAAUAGAACAAUGCUGCACUGUUGACAUGGGGAUUAUAAUGCAGCUCAUUUUGACACUUUCUCUCACACUCAGUUCCGACUGCAAUAGAUCAAUAAACUGUGUACAAAAAUUU